AACUUCUAUGCAGCCUCGGGGAUGGAGAAGAAGACGUCAAAAGAGGGGAGAUGCGAAGCUAAGCUGAACACUAUCUUACUAAAUUAAUGUUCAGUUUCCCAUAAGUGUCUAGUUUCUGUCCUAGUCACCCCAUUAAGAAAAGUGACAUCUGACAUUCGUUUUUAAAUGUAAAAAUUGAAAAAAAGUUGUUGUCUUUGUUAGCACGAACAACGCUACUGGUUGCUGAGCGACAACAAAAGCCACACACCGCUGGCAGUGAGCCUACUAUUGCUUUGCGUGAACUAGUCGGUCAAAUACCUGCCUGACAUGACGGGCGUAGCGUCUCCGGAAAAGGCAGCAAGCUCCAAGAAGAAAAGCGAGAGGAAGGGUGCCUCCAAAGAAGAGUACAGGCAGCUGUCCGGCAUCAUGGCAGGCAUGAACAUUCUGAGAAAGCAGGGUACACUCUGUGAUGUGACCCUGGUGGUUCAGGGGAAACACUUUCCUGCCCACAGAGUGGUCCUCGCUGCUGCCAGCCACUUCUUCAGCCUCAUGUUCACCACCAGAAUGAUGGAAUCAAUGUCUCAUGAGGUGGAACUGAGGAGUGCUGAGCCUGAGAUCAUUGAGCUGUUGAUUGAAUUCAUUUACACAGCAAGUGACACGUCUUUGUGUGUCAGAAUCUCUGUGAACAGCACCAACGUUCAGUCGUUGCUGGAUGCAGCCAACCAGUACCAGAUUGAGCCCGUGAAGAAGAUGUGUGUGGAGUUUCUUAAAGGACAGAUCGACGCCACAAACUGCCUGGGUAUCUCAGCCUUAGCAGACUGUAUGGACUGUCCUGAGCUGAAGGCCGCAGCAGAGGACUUUUUCCAGCUCCACUUUACAGAAGUCUAUAAACUGGAUGAGUUCUUGCAGCUGGAUGUUACACAGCUCACAUAUUUGCUCCACCAGGACAAGCUCACUGUUCGUGCUGAGGCUCAGAUUUAUGACGCGGCAGUGCGCUGGCUGAAAUAUGACGUGUGCAACAGAAAGCAGUACAUGGUGGAGGUGCUGGGGUGUGUUCGCUUCCCUCUGGUUUCCAAAGCCUUCCUGUCAAAGACCGUGCAGGCAGAGCCGCUCAUCCAGGACAACCCACAGUGCCUCAAGAUGGUCAUCAGUGGGAUGCGUUACCAUCUAUUGUCUCUGGAGGACCGAGAAGACCUGGGAGAGAGCAGCCGGCCACGGCGCAAGAAGCACGACUAUCGCAUCGCCUUGUUUGGAGGCUCGCAGCCUCAAUCCUGCCGCUACUUCAACCCCAAGGACUCCACCUGGACAGACAUCCGCUGCCCCUUUGAGAAACGCCGCGAUGCCACCGCCGUCUUCUGGGACAACGUGGUGUACAUCCUGGGGGGCUCACAGCUGUUCCCUAUCAAGCGAAUGGACUGCUACAAUGUUCUGAAAGACAGCUGGUAUUCCAAGCUAGGUCCACCCACUCCACGCGACAGCCUGGCCGCUUGUGCUUCUCAGGGCAAGAUCUACACAUCGGGCGGAUCAGAAGUGGGCAGCUCAGUUUUGGACCUUUUUGAAUGUUACGACACAAGGACAGAAUCAUGGCAGGUGAAGACCAGCAUGCUGUUGGCCCGCUGCAGCCACGGCUCCGUUGAAGCCAACGGACUCAUUUAUGUUUGUGGAGGAACGGUGGGCAAUAACGUCUCUGGGAGGAUCCUCAACAACUGUGAGGUGUACGACCCCGGCACACAGCAAUGGCGAGAGCUGUGUGGGAUGAGAGAGGCCAGGAAGAACCAUGGACUGGUGGUUGUCAACAACAGGAUCUAUGCUGUGGGAGGACAGGGGCCUUUGGGUGGACUAGAUUCAGUGGAAUAUUAUGACAUUGCCAGCAACGAGUGGCGAGCUGCCUCACCAAUGCCAUGGAGGGGCGUGACGGUAAAGUGUGCAGCUGUUGGUGAUGCAAUCUAUGUGCUGGCAGGCUUCCAGGGGGUGGGACGGCUUGGGCACGUCCUGGAGUACCACACUGAAACCGACAGGUGGGUGACGUGCAGCAAAGUGCGAGCGUUCCCCGUCACCAGCUGCCUGAUCUGUGUGGUCGACACGUGUGGAGUGAACGAAGAUGAAGAUACGGACCUCAUAGACUCUCAGCCGCAUGCCGCGUCCUCUUCCUCAGCCCCAACCUCAUCCCCCUCAUAGUAAAAGCAUCUUAUCUAGUGUAUUUUAAUUUUCGGAUGUAUGUUUACAGUUUUGAAAGAAACCGAUUUGACUCACAAAAUGCAGUGUUUUUCUUUUUUUUGUUGUUUUUUCCCCAGAAAGAUCCUGCUUUGAUAGCUCACUAUUGUAAGAAUGUUCUCUUACAGACAUGUUUUUACUACAUUAUUUAAUCUUUAACUUAUAUUCACU